AAAAUCGCCAUCUUGUGCACCACAUGACCUCGUUGCCGCGUCCCGUGACCAGCUCACGUGAAUUUUGGCAAAUUCAAACAUUUUUGGUGGAAAAUAUGGACAUUUUGGAUCAACACCUUCAACAACAGGAUGUCAGGUAGCGUUUAUAUUAACUAUCGGCUGGUUAAUGAUGAAAACACAUAUUCCUCCUGUUCCGCCUGAGGUUUCGUCAAGGUCACCAGAUAGUGCACGGUGCGCACUUACAGCCGUAGGACGACAGGAGUCGUGGAACACCGUUGGAACAAAGGAUGAAUCCGGAACAGGAAUUGUUAUUGAAGAAGCAGAGAUUGUUGAUUGUGAAGCAGAAGCAGUUGGAGACGAUGGAAUGCGAUAUCAGGAAGCACUUGCUUAUAGAGUGGUUCAAGUAAAUGGUACAUCAAGCAGUAAUGAAAUAGAACUGCCUGUAGGACAACCAGGAAGCAAUACUGUACAAGUUUUAACGUCUCCUUUGAACGGACAGUUUUAUGUCAUUGGCAAUGCUAAUGAUGUUUUCACUACUGCUCAAACGUCUAGGUCUUUAGUUCCAAGGACUACUACUCUUCAAAUAGAAACACCGAGAAAUUGUACUACUGGUUUAAAAAAGAGGGACGAUAGAAGAAGAGCAACGCACAAUGAAGUUGAACGUCGGCGUAGAGAUAAAAUUAAUAAUUGGAUUGCAAAAUUGGGAAAAAUAAUACCCGAAUGUAAUGCCACCACUAAUACCAGUGCAGGAAGUGGUAAUGGUGGAGAAGGAAAGGCAAACUAUGAAACACAGAGCAAAGGAGGGAUUUUAGCAAAGGCUUGUGAGUACAUAGGCGAAUUACGUGCAGCAAAUCAGGGCUUGGGUCAAUGUUUACGAGAUAAUGAGAAAUUAAGACAGGAAAUAACCGCCUUAAAACAGCUCAUUUCGCAGCUGAAGCGCGAAAAUCUUCAGCUUCGGACACAGUUGUCUUCAUCUUCAGGGACAAGUGCUGAUGUCCAUUUAAGUUCGUAAUUUUGAGUUGGAGUAUCACAUGUAAAUAUUAGCCAUCAUGUAAGAAUUAGAAAUAUCUACCUUGUUUUUCUUUUUCUCUUUCUCUCUCUCUCUCUCUCUCUUUUUUUCUUUUUUUAAAUUGUUUGCUGUUUUCUAAACUGACAUCAACUUGUAGUAAAUUCUAUGAUUUUGGAAUUAUAUCAAAAUCGGAUUAAAUAUUUACUUACAAUUAGAUAAAUUAGAAUAUCCUAAUAAAUAAUCAUGAACAACGUUUUAUAGUUAUUACCAUCUCUAAUAUGCAAAUUGCAUUUUAAAUGCUGUGGUUUAAAGUAUACUUUGUUAAUAUUGUUAUUUGAGCAGUGUCUAUAUAAGUUGCGCUAUAAUAAUUGUUAUUUUAAUUAUCAUUUAAUUAGGAUUUUGAAAGUAAUAAGAAUGACCGAAAUUUGUGAUUGCGCGCGUGUGUGUGUGUAUGUAUGUAUGUGUGUGAGAAUGAUAGCAUUGCUAAUGCUAUGAAAACACGAUGCAAUAUUUUAAUAUAUGAAAAGAUUUCUUCUAAUCCAAAGACAGGAUUAAAGUGUUUAGUUUCUACAGUCAAGUUUUAUAUAUAUUACAAAAUUGUAUGUUCUUUCUUAAUCUAUAUAAUAGGUCAAAAAAUUUCUUUUAUCAUAAACAAAGUAGAUUUGUAUAAUGAGAGUUUGAGUUAUGUGUUUCAUUUGAUAUUGUAUAUUUUUAAACCUGCAACCAAAUUUACCACCAAGGUAAACAUGUUACUAUUGUGUUUCAUGUUUAUAAAUAUAUUGCUUAUUUAUAUUACCAUCA